AUGUCCCAAGCAUUUAAUUUGGUCCUUUUUACAGAAAUCAAACAGGCUCAAAAUGUGAAAACAGGCAACGAUAAGGAACCCAAUUCCAAGUUAAGAGCAAUUGUCAGGAUAUCUGAACGGAGCAGCAAAAAAACUCCUAGGGCCACUCCCAGAGAUGACUUCGUUUAUACUUGGAACUCGACAAUAUCACUUAAACUCCGAUCACAACUGAAACUUCCUCUUAUACAGAUAUCUGUGUGGGAUAAGCAAGCUCAUAGAAGUGUUUAUGUUGGAGAAGUUCGUUUCUUUCUUAUUGGACUCCUCAAAUCGUUGGCUUACAAUGAGCAUACCAGCAGUUGGGAAAGUACCCCGCAAUGGUAUCAGUUGUAUUCAUCCGAAGAUAAGAAGUCAUUUUCAAGUGGUACCAUACUGGUUCAAUUUCGGGUUCAACAACAUUUAUCCAAGAAGAACCUUUUUUUCAAUGCUAAAUCUGAUGUUACACUCAGUGACCAAACUGGGUCAAGUGACCUAUUGAAUCAGUACAUUCAAGCCAUCGAAACAUCUACUCCUAGGUCACUUCAGAAGAAGGCAUUUGAUUUAUCUAAUCCAAACGAACAAAGAUUUUAUCCUGAUAUCGAGACUAAUGCCUUGGCCUCAUCUAUCCUUGACUGUGAAAUUGAUUCGAUGUUGGAAGAUUUCACAUACAGAAAACCAAAUAUCACCGAAUCUUCGCUGCACGAUGAUACUUUGACUGAUACUGAUUUUGAAUCUAUACACUCUGAUCCUACUAUUCCGAGCAGUGCUCUUGUUCCAAAGAGAAUAUUGUUUAUUGAAAUACUCUCUGUCACUGACUUGCCUCCAUAUAAGAGUUUUACUAGGGCGACAUUUGACAUGGAUCCGUUUGUUGUUAUCUCUUUUGGCAAGCGAACUUACCGAACAUCGUGGAGAAAACAUACACUUACACCUGUGUUUAAUGAAAGGUUAGCAUUCGAGGUUUGUGACUACGAGAAGAACUAUGACUUGCAGUUUUCUGUCCUUGAUAAAGACAAAUUUUCAUUUCAUGACCAAGUUGCAACCGGAUUUGUUUCUGUAUCAGAGUUAUUGGAAGAGAAAACGACAGAUAAACCCUGCACAGAUUUCAAACCAACAUCUUCCAACUUAAUCCUUCUAGAUAAGCCAAUGAACGCUAAUGAAAGUGCGGAUAAUCUUCUUGACACCAAGAAGAAGAAAUAUAAAAGGAACGUAAACACAGAUGCGACUUUACAAGGUGGGUUACUAAGAAAAUAUGAAUUAGUAAUGUCAUUGGAUGGAAAAAAAAAUUGGAGCCGAAAAACGAAAGAUGAGUAUAUACCUAUCCUAAAAUUCAACACGAGGUUCGAGCGAUAUGAAAUUCUGAGAAGGCAACUUUGGAUGCAUUUACUUCAAGGCAACGAUACGCAGAUGAAAGGAACACUAGAUUUGAUUGAACUUAAUUAUUUUGUGGACUGCCUUGGUUCCAAUUUGUCUGAUAAAACAUUAGCUUCUUUCUUUGAAUACUACGACAAGAACCCUUGGGUGGGAGAAACAUUGACAAUUGAACAAGUGAUUGACUCCCUUGAGAGACUCGUUUUCAAAAGGCAGUGUGCAAACACACAUGAAAACUAUAUUAUAAAUAUUGACACAUGUCCACUCUGUGGCCAAGGUAGGCUGUCACUAAGGCAAGACCUUGAUAUUUUGAAACAUUUGUCAAUCUGUGCUUCUCGUGAUUGGAGCACCGUCAACAAGGUUUUGAAGCCCUCUUUUGUAUCUUCGAAAGCAGCAACUAGGCGGUGGUACUCUAGGCUUCUGAUCAAGUUGACUUUUGGUCAGUAUACAUUGGGAGGCAAUAGUGCAAAUAUUCUUAUUCAAGAUCGUGACACUGGCUACAUUCUUGAAGAAAAGAUGAAUAUCCACGUCAGGCUGGGAAUCAAGCUUCUUUACAAAUCUUUUGAUAAAGCUAACAGCAGAAAAAUCAAGACGUUAUUACGGAAGUUAUCAAUUAGGCAAGGAAUCAAGUUCGACAGUCCGAGCUCCGUGUCUCAAAUACCUAGUUUCAUUAAAUUUCAUAAAUUGGAUGUCGAUGAUUGCUUGCUUCAACUGGAUGAGUAUAAAACUUUCAAUGAGUUUUUUUAUCGAAAGUUGAAACCAGGAUCUCGUCCUCAAGAAGAUGAGAAUAAUAGCAAUAUUGCUACCUCCCCUGCUGAUUGUCGAUGUACUGUCUUUGAAUCGAUUACUUUUGCCAAAACAUUUUGGAUAAAAGGAAGAAAUUUCACCACUAAAAAGUUAUUUGGAAGCUUCUACUCUAGGGAAAUGGCAGAUCUCUAUGAUGAAUGUAGUAUUGGAAUUUUUAGGCUUGCUCCCCAAGAUUAUCACAGAUUUCACUCUCCUGUAACAGGAACAGUUGGAAAAGUGCAAUCAAUCAGCGGUGAGUAUUUUACAGUGAAUCCUAUGGCGAUAAGAUCAGAUCUAGAUGUUUUCGGAGAGAAUGUCAGAUGCUUACUUCCCAUUCAAACUAAAGAAUUCGGCAGGGUUUUAGUUGUUCCAGUAGGUGCAAUGAUGGUCGGCUCUAUAAUACUAAGUGUUAAGGAGAAUCAGGAGGUGAAGAAAGGCGAUGAGUUGGGUUAUUUCAAGUUUGGCGGAUCCACACUUUUGGUUCUGUUUCCAAAUAAGAGAUUCAAGUUUGAUUCUGACCUCCUAGCAAACUCUAAUAAUAAAAUUGAAACCCUUAUUAAGGUCGGUAUGUCUAUUGGGCAUACUCCCGAAGAGCCACAAUUCGAAAGACACUAUCGAUCUUUUGAAGAAGAGCCUGUUGAUCAACAGUUGCGUAUCAUUAGAUGCAUUACGGGCGGGUCGACUUUUGAAGAAAGUAAACAGGCAACUCAAAGGAGAAAUGAGCUACUGGGUAAUGAAGGGUCACCACAGGAAAAAGAUCUGCAAGUAGAAAAUCUUAGUUGGGAAGCAAAAAACAUGAACCUGGAGGAGCUGGAAGAAAAUGAGUCACUUCUAUUAUAUGACCUUGUCAAUGAUGGCACAUAG